GCAGGGGGAGGAGAGAUGGAAGUGGCAAAGUUUGGGGGGGGGUCUCCAUGCACAGCCCCAGGAGAGAAGCUGGCCGGUUGAAGGGGAGAAAGAGACCUGCUCCCUGCUUUGAAGUGCAUCUUGGCAACAGGUGAGGGAGUCCCAGAAGUGGAAGUGCAAUGGCCUCAGAGGCACUGUUUGGACUGUCUCUUCUUAUCAGUGGAGUGGAAAGAGGAGCCAGGCAGCUUCCUCAGGCCCUCUUGACCUUUGAGGAGGUGGCUGUGUUUUUCACGGAGGAGGAGUGGGCUCUGCUGGAUCCAGGCCAACGAGCUCUGCACAAGGGAGUCAUGGAGGAGAAUUAUGAGAUGGUGGCCUCUCUAGAAUCAGACCUCAACUCCUGUUGGGAAGAAAUACAAGAUCCAUUUCUCCAUAAUCCCAAAGAAGGGGAGAUAUCAGCAGGUAAUGGGCAGAAGAGUGAGAAAUCUGAUGAGCCAUCCAUGGUGUCUGUAGAAAACAUGGAGCAUGAAGCACAGAAAGAGACCUUUGUAAAUCAACAAUCAACCGAAAAGCAUGUAGGAAAUAUGUGGAAGAACUGGAAAAAGAACUCCCUUACUACUCAGGAUAUUGGUGUCCAUGUAUCCCUGAAUCCACAGGAAGAAUGCACAGGAAGUAGCAGUGUAGAGUGUGGAAAGAGCUUCCGUCAGAGUGGAAGCAUUAGUUUACAUCAGGGAACCCAAAGAGGGGAGAAAAUGUUUAAGUGCACAGAGUGUGGAAAGAGCUUAAGCAGUGCUGGUAACCUUGUCAAGCAUAAAAAAACCCACACAGGGGAGAAACCGUUCAAAUGCAUGGAGUGUGGAAAGAGCUUCAGCCAGAGUGGAAACCUUAUUGCACAUCAAAGAACCCACACAGGGGAGAAACCAUUUAAAUGUAUGAUAUGCAGGAAGAGUUUAAGUCUCAAUCACCAUCUUAUGUUACAUCAAAGAACCCAUACUGGGGAGAAACCACAUACAUCCAUGGAGUGUGGAAAGAGCGUCUGUUCGAGUAGUGUCCUUAUUGUGCAUCAAAGAACCCACACCGGGGAAAAUCCAUUUAAAUCUAUGUUGUGUGAAAAGAGUCUCAAUCACCAUCUUACUUUACAUCAGAGAUCCCACACUGGGCAGAAACUGCAUAAAUGCAGGGAGUGUGGAAAGAGCUUCAGUCAUAAGAGUAACCUUAGCUUACAUGAAAGAACCCACACUGGGGAGAAACCAUUUGAAUGUAUGGUGUGUGGAAAGAGCUUUAGCCAGAGUGGAAACCUUACUGCACAUCAAAGAACCCACACAGCAGAGAAACCAUUUAAAUGUAUGGUGUGUGGGAAGAGUUUCACUUUUAGUCACUCUCUUACUUUACAUCAAAGAACCCACACCGGGGAGAAACCGUUUGAAUGCAUGGAGUGUGAAAAGACCUUUAAUUGUAGGAGUGCACUUACUGUACAUCAAAGAACACACACUGGGGAGAAACCAUAUGAAUGCAUGGAGUGUGGAAAGACCUUUCGUCGUAGGAGUAACCUUACUUUCCAUCAAAGAGCCCACACCGGGGAGAAACCAUUCAAAUGUAUGGAGUGUGGAAAGAGCUUCAGACAUAGCGGAAGCCUUACUGCACAUCAAAGGACCCACACUGGGGAGAAACCAUUUCAAUGUAUGGAGUGUGGAAAGAGUUUUAGUCUCAAUUAUUAUCUUACUUUACAUCAAAGAACCCACACUGGGGAGAAACCAUUUUUAUGCAUGAAGUGUGGAAAGAGCUUCACUUGUAGGAGUGUGCUUACUGUACAUCAGAGAACCCACACUGGGGAGAAACCGUUUGAAUGCAUGGAGUGUGGAAAGGGCUUCAGUUGUAGGAGUGGACUGACUGUGCAUCAAAGAGCUCACACAGGGGAAAACCCAUUUCAAUGCCUUGAGUGUGGAAAGAGCUUCCAUCGUAGGAGUAACCUUACUUUACAUCAAAGAACCCACACUGGGGAGAAACCAUUUAAAUGUAUGGAGUGUGGAAAGAGCUUCAGCCAGAGUGGAAACCUUGCAACACAUCAAAGAACCCACACAGGGGAGAAGCCAUUCAAAUGCAUGGAGUGUGGAAAGAGCUUCAGCCAGAGCGGAAACCUUAUUGCACAUCAAAGAACCCACACAGGGGAGAAACCAUUUACAUGUAUGGUAUGUGGGAAGAGUUUCAGUCUUAAUCACCAUCUUACUUUACAUCAAAGAACGCACACUGGGGAGAAUCUGCAUAAAUGCAUGGAGUGUGGAAAGAGCUUCUGUACCAGUAGUUUCCUUACUGCGCAUCAGAGAACCCAUACUGAGGAGAAACGAUUUAAAUCUAUGAAACCGCAUAAAUGCUUGGUGUGUGGAAAGAGCUUCAGUUGUAGGAGUAACCUUACUUUACAUCAAAGAACCCACACUGGGGAGAAACCCUUCAAAUGUACGGAGUGUGGAAAGAGCUUCAGCCAGAGCGGAAAUCUUACUGCACAUCAAAGAACCCACACAGCUGAUAAACCAUUUAAAUGUAUGGUAUGUGGAAAGAGCUUCAGUUUCAAUUACUCUCUCACUUUACAUCAAAGAACCCACACCGGGGAGAAACCAUUCAAAUGCAUGGAAUGUGGAAAGAGCUUUCGUGCAAGUAGUGUGCUAAUUGUGCAUCAAAGAACCCACACUGGGGAGAAGCCAUUUAAAUGUAUGGAGUGUGGAAAGAGCUUCAGGCAGAGUGGAAGACUGACUGCACAUCAGAGAACGCACACUGGGGAGAAACCAUUUAAAUGUAUGGAGUGUGGAAAGAGCUUCAGCCAGAGUGGAAACCUUACCACACAUCAAAGAACCCACAAAACAGAGAAACCAUUUAAAUGUAUGGAGUGUGGAAAGAGUUUCAGUCUUAAUUACUAUCUUACUUUACAUCAGAAAACCCACACUGGUGAAAAACUUUUUGAAUGCCUGGAGUGUGGAAAGAGCUUUAGUUGUAGGAGUGCUCUUACCGCACAUCAAAAAACCCACACAUUGGGGAAACCAUAUGAAUGCAUGGUGUGUAGAAAGAGCUUCAGGCGUAUGAGUAACCUUAAUUUACAUCAAAGAACCCAUACUGGGCAGAAACCAUUUAAAUGUAAUGAAUGUGGAAUAAGCUUCAGCCAGGGUGGAAACCUUAUUGCGCAUCAAAGAACGCACACAGCGUAGAAACUGUUGUGAAUCCCAGAGGUGGAGAAGCAGAGAAGACUAAGCUUAGCCACUAAGAAGAAUAAGAAAUGAUCUCCCCAUUCUGCCUAAUAUUUGGGUCGGCCUGGUUGUCAUUUGGAGUGCGUUUCAUUGUGAAUCCAAGAUGUGGAGAAAGAGAGGAUGCAAAGUUUAGCCACUUGGUCAGGAGGUCAGUGAAAGGCAUUGGUCUGCUGCCAUCACCGUUUCUUUUCAGUAAAACAGAACUCCUUAUCACCCAUCAAGUAGGAUGCUUCCUUGGGAAAUGUAAUAGAACUGGCUAUGGCUUUCCGUGUAGAGAACCACAUACCACUCCCUUCAAUGUGUGUGUGUGUGUGUGUGCAAGAUUAUGAAACCUCAGAUGCCGUAGCAGAGUGUCCCCAGCUGCCUUCAGCACAGUCUACUGCAUCUCCCAUACCACCAGGAAAUUGGUCAUUCUCUGGGCUACUCAAUAGUACACUAGAAAUACUAUAUUGUUUGUGGGUAGGCUAUGAUUAGUCCUGCUGCAAAGCGAUAGCACUCUGUUUUAUUUUGUAAUCUGUUUAAGCUGUUUACUUGCUAUCCCCUUAACUUUCAUUCAAAAUAAAGUUUCACAAUCUGACCAGCUCUUCGCUUUGUCCUAUCACUGAAGCUCUUCUGAGUACCAGCUUUUAGUCUACUCAGAAGAACAGUGAAUAUCAAUUCUAGAUUCAGGUAGGUAGCCGUGUUGGUCUGAGGCAGUCAAAAUAAAAAAUUAAAAAAUAGUCCAGUAGCACCUUAGAGACCAACUAUGAUGAAAGGUGCUACUAGACUAUUUUUUAAUUUAUUUUUUACUUUUUUAUUUUGACUGAAUGUCAAUGUAAAGGAUGCUCAGAUUAAAACAGCUGUAUGUGUAGCCUUCAUAUUACAACUAUUGCCUUCUUUUCACAUAAACAAAUAUCUCACAAAUCAUAUUUCCUUUCAUCCAAAAAGAGAAAUCUACUUUUGGCCCUUGUGGAAAUAACCAGUCAUUUUGGAUACAUAUCAUAAAAUUCUCCUCUUCAAAGGAGAGAUGGGCCACCUUUGGAGCACUAACUCAGCCUUUUCUUGCUGAGAGAAUCAGGCUUGUGACAAGGAAAUUAGUCGUUUUUUCUUAAAUCUGCAAUUGGACAACUUGGAAUUUUGCAUUGAUUUCUUAGAAUAUAUUUUCUAUAUGUGUGUAAAAACAACCUUACAUUUUUAUCUUCUGUAAUCCUGAACUGUCGUGAGAUCUAUGGAUGAACAGCAGUAUACUACUACUAGCAUCUUAAAUAAAUAAACCUAUUAACUAAG